AUGGCCCCUGUGGUACCUAACCCCGAGGCCGGUGUGGACGCGACCAUCCUGAACCUUCGCAAAGUGAUCACCGACGAGUCCGAACCCCUUGCUCGCCGAUUCCGCGCCCUAUUCUCCCUCAAGCACCUGGCCUGUCUGCAGCCUCCCUCCGAGAACACCCUGCCCGCCAUCCAGGCCAUCGCCGCCGCCUUCACCUCGCAGUCUGCUCUGCUGAAGCACGAAUUGGCCUACUGCCUCGGCCAGACCCGUAACCCGGACUCUGUCGAGUACCUGCAGCAUGUCGUCAAGGAUACCCAGGAGGAUGCGAUGUGUCGUCAUGAGGCCGCCGAGGCCCUGGGGGCGCUGGGCUACGACAACAGCUUGGAGAUCUUGAAGGCUCUGCGCGACGACGAGAAUGAGCUGGACAUCAUUCGGGAGACCUGCGAUAUCGCCGUCGAUCGGAUUCUCUGGGAGAAUUCGGAGGAGCGACAGGCCGAGAAGUUGAAGCCUAGUGAUUUCACCUCCAUCGACCCGGCUCCCCCGCUUCCUCUGGCGUCUAACCAACCCUCCAUUGCCGACAUGGAGCAGACAUUGCUCGACACCAAACUCCCCUUGUUCCAAAGAUACCGUGCCAUGUUCGCUCUGCGUGAUCUUGCUUCGCCUCCCGACCUCCCCACGGCUGUCGGAGCCAUUCAAGCUCUGGCCAAGGGUCUCAAGGACCCUUCCGCCUUGUUCCGCCACGAGAUCGCUUUCGUUUUCGGUCAGCUGUGCCACCCCGCCUCCGUGCCCAGCCUCACGGAUUGCCUUAGCAACCAGGAGGAAGCCGGUAUGGUGCGACACGAGGCCGCCGAGGCCCUGGGUAGCUUGGGCGACGUCGAAGGUGUCGAGGAGACCUUGAAGAAAUUCGUGAACGACCCGGAGCAAGUGGUGCGAGACAGCAUCAUCGUGGCGCUCGAUAUGGCGGAGUAUGAGAAGAACGGAGAGAUCGAGUACGCGCUGGUGCCCGACUCGGCCCCUGCUGCCGUCCCCGCCGCAUGA